UUUGAGUCUUCUUCACGCUAAAUGGAUGAGGAGGAGAAGUGUCUGUCUACCUUCGAUAAACCAGCACUAUAAAGAACCAACCCCUUGUCAUUACAUUUUCAUCUCCGAAAAACUCAACACUCUCUCUGUUUCCUCCUCCUUCCAUCCAUCCUGUAAUCUCUCUAUUCUUUAAUUUCUAGAUGGAUGUAGUGAAAUCCUCAACAUGGGUUUUCUAAAUUCAUCUUGAUUUCAUUGAGAGAACCAAGUUGGAAGUUGAAGUUGAAAUUUUCAUCCAGAAUUUGCUUAUAUAUAAAUGGAGAAAAUGAAUUUUGUUAAGAAUGGUAUUAUCAGAUUACCUCCUGGUUUUAGAUUUCAUCCAACUGAUGAAGAACUUGUUGUUCAAUAUCUAAGAAGAAAGGUUUUUCUUUGCCCAUUACCUGCUUCAAUCAUACCUGAAAUUGAUGUUUCCAAGUUUGAUCCUUGGGAUUUACCAGGUGACUGGGAACAAGAGAGGUAUUACUUCAGUACAAGAGAAGCUAAAUACAGGAAUGGAAACAGAACCAAUAGAGCUACUGGUUCUGGAUACUGGAAAGCUACUGGUUUAGACAAACAAAUUUUAGUUUCAAAGGGUAAUGUAAUUGUAGGAAUGAAAAAAACACUUGUUUUCUAUAGAGGUAAACCUCGAAGUGGUACUAGAACUGACUGGAUUAUGCAUGAAUAUCGUCUGGCCGGUGCCGGUACAAAACUUGCCAGCAAUCAAAGUUCAAACGUACAAAUGGAGGAGGAUUGGGUACUCUGUAGAAUAUUUCUAAAGAAGCGGAACUCGAAAAAUGGCGAGGAUGUGAUCACCAAUGGGUUGGUCACUAAACCAGUUGGUUUUAUUGAUUUUAUGAACCAAGACAGGACUGUUGUUGUUAGACCUGCAUCUUCGACCUCGUCUUCGUCGGCAUCAAGUGGUGUUACCACCGACGUCACGUCUACGACAUCUGAUAGUGAUGAGAACAAUAGCUGCAAUAGUAUGUCUUCAUUUCCUUGUAGGAAAAAGCCAUGAAAAGUUGUUUCUUUUUUCUUUCUUUUUCUUUUUUUCUAAAUUUAUUUUAUGAGUCUGUGUAUCAGGAAUGAAUUGGUUAUGGAAUACAACCAUGACCCAAUCAGAAAUAACCAAUCCCCACGAAUUAACUCUAGUUUCAAUCA